AUGCCUCGUGAUAAUGACAACUCGAAUUCCCAACACCAAGUCAGCGCGGGCCCGAUCCGAUCGGCCAGCUCCAUGCAUAAGCCAUCGAGGGUGAAUAUCUCAAUCCUCACCCUGAUCGCUACAUUCAUCUUCGUCUUCGCCAUCCUUUUUCCUUAUUUGGACAUUUGGUUUCAUCUUAAAGAAACUCUUGGAAUUGAAAUAUCCAACGGAACGGCGACUUGUGCGCCAUUUCCGACAGUCCCUCUGAACAUCACCCUCCAUGACGACUCACUUUUGGCGCCAUCACCACUUCCCCCUUCACACGCGGCCUCCGACGGAGAAACAAUUAUUAAACUAUUUCAAACACUAGGUAGAACGACGAUCUGGAAGAGUAUCGCAAACAUUAGCUUCCAUGGCGACACUUUUGAACCCGAAGGUCUCGUCCGCUUGGGUCCGGAUCGUUAUGUGGUCAGCUGCGGGGAGUACACCGAGCAGACGCAAAAGUACCCUCAUCCCAUCAAUGGCACCGAUCGGACGCCAGGAAAAGGAUUUGCUCACUUGAUGACGUAUAAUGGCAAGGGAGAACGGAUUGCCGACGCGACAGUUACAAGGGAGGGAGAAGAAGAGUACCACAACGGCGGGAUUGACUACGACGGACGGUGGAUUUGGGGGACGGUUGCGCAGUAUCGGCCAAACAGCACAGCAUAUGUUUAUAAGGCAGAUCCUUAUAGCUUGAAACCACAGACUGUUCUACGGUACACCGAUCAUCUAGGCGGCAUCGUUCACGAUACCACCAAAAGUAGACUCACGACACUCAAUUGGGGAAGCCGAAAUGCAUCUGUCUGGACUCUCAAAGACGGAGUGGCUGACGAUUGUUCCACCCAAACCCCCAAAUCUACAACUCGCAAUCCGAGCUAUUUUGUCGACUAUCAGGACUGUAAAUGGCUGGGACGAAGUAAAUUUUAUAAUGGCGCGAGCGUAAUGCUUUGCUCUGGCGUAACCGCGCUGGAUGGCGAAUACAGUCUCGGCGGGAUUGCGUUGGUUCAUACUGAAACAAUGCAGCCUUUGGCUGAAGUGCCAAUCAUGCUUCAGAGUGCGCUUGGGGUGAGAAUGACACAAAACCCGAUGGAUGUGAGCGUGGAAAAUGGGAAGUUGCGGUUUUACUGGCUUCCGGACCAGAGAAACAGCACAUUGUACAUAUAUGAAGCAGAACCUAAUAGUCCUUUCGAGUAUGGUGGAGGGUAA